CGACUGAUGGUCUGCAACAGCGUUGUUAAUGGUGAAACGAGAAGCAGUUUCCUAUAAGAGCUCUUUUUUUUUGCCGCGGAGGACACAAGUGUGAGUCGCUGAGCUUUUCACUUUGAUACAAGAUGUUUGGCUUCCACAAGCCGAAGAUGUACCGGAGCAUAGACGGCUGCUGCAUCUGCAGAGCCAAGUCGUCCAGCUCCCGCUUCACAGACAGCAAACGCUAUGAGACCGACUUCAAGAGCUGCUUCGGGCUGGGUGAGGUGCGUUGCGGCGACAUCUGUAACGCCUGCGUCCUGCUGGUCAAGAGAUGGAAAAAACUUCCAGCUGGGUCCAAGAAGAACUGGAAUCACGUGGUCGACGCAAAAGCAGGGUCGAGCAUGAAGUCGAUACUGAGGACGAAAAAGAUGCACAAGAAGCUGAGGCCGAGCCAGAUGAGUCGAGUGCAGAGUGAGCUGAAGAGAAACAUGUCCUCUGUGUCCCACCCAGACUCUGACGCCCACAGCACCACCUCCAGCACCUCACCCGCUCAGUCACCCAGCUACAGCAACCCAUCAGACGAGGGCUCGGACACGGAGCUUUCAGCCAGCAGUGCCCUUCCUCCAGCCUUCUCCUUCCUGGACCUCACCUACUGGAAAAGCAUCACCUCGGCUCAACAUCCCGGACACAUGUCUAGCCUCCAGUUGCAUCAGCACCAUGAUUGCGUAAGAGGCCGCCGGGCCGCACUGUUCCUCCCUGCUGAUGCUCAGCCCUGUGCCCGAUAA